GUUGACAGAAUGACAGGAAUGGAGACUGAAACAGCAAGAGACAAAGCCAUGGAAGAAGAAAGCACUGAACAGAAAAAGGAGAAGGAGAAAAAGAAGAGGUCAAGGGUUAAACAGGUGCUGGCAGAUAUAGUGAAACAAGUGGAUUUCUGGUUUGGCGAUGUUAAUCUCCACAAAGAUCGAUUUCUCCGAGAACAAAUAGAAAAGUCCAGAGAUGGGUAUGUUGACAUAUCACUUCUUGUUUCCUUCAACAAAAUGAAAAAAUUGACUACUGAUGGAAAACUGAUAGCUCGAGCUGUUAAAAGUUCAUCUGUUGUAGAGUUGGAUUUAGAAGAAACUAGAAUCAGAAGACGCCAGCCCCUGGGUGAGCAACCAAAGGACGUGGAUAGUCGUACAGUCUAUGUGGAGCUGCUUCCCAAAAAUGUCAAUCACAGUUGGAUUGAGCGGGUGUUUGGGAAGUGUGGUAAUGUAGUUUACAUCAGUAUACCCCGCUAUAGAAGUACUGGUGAUCCAAAGGGAUUUGCUUUUGUUGAAUUUGAAACUAAAGAGCAAGCAGAGAAAGCUAUUGAGUUUCUGAAUAAUCCACCAGAAGAAGCGCCACGGAAACCUGGGAUUUUCCCUAAAACAGUGAAGAAUAAGCCUGUUCCUACGCUGAAUACAAGUAACAGCAGUGUAGUAGAAGAGAAGAAAAAGAAGAAAAAAAAGAAAUCCAAAAUCAAGAAAGAGAGCAACGUACAGGCAGCUGUAGAAACAAAGGAAUCGGACACAAACACUACAACAGAGCAAGUACCCAAGUCAAAAAGACAUAGGACUUCAUCGGAGUGUUCAGAAAUGGAAGGAACUGAGACUCACAGGCAGCCUUCAAAGAGAGAAAAGAGGAAAUGGGACAGAACAGAAAGCUCAGAGGUACCUUGGGAAAGCAGGCCAGGGAAGAGAAAAAGAACAAACUCUGGAGAUGGUGAGACAUCAACUCCAAAAGUCAAGAAAACUGUUCAAAAGGAUGAAGUUCAUCCUGUAAAAGAAGAAACAACAGAAGUUUCAAAGGAUUCCAAUGGUAAAGUUUGUUGCAUGUUUUUUCAGUAUUUUCAUGAUUUGACCGAAUGGAUGGAUUUGAAGCAAGAAUAUUUGGCUCUUCAAAAAGCCAGUAUGGCCUCCUUAAAGAAAACGAUGUCUCAAAUCAAAUCUGAGUCUGUGGGAGAGAUGGAAACAGAAUCUUGGGCACAGAAGAAGUCUCAAUUUGAAUAUAAUAAAUCCACCAGUAAAGAUUCUGCCCCUCCUGCCAAGGCUAACACAAUGAGACCCCAGUUCGUGAGUGGAGUAAUUGUGAAGAUCAUUAGCACUGAGCCCCUGCCGGGCAGGAAGCAGAUCAAGAAUGCUUUGGCAGUUCUGGCUGAUGUUGCUUAUGUUGACAUGCUGGAGGGAGACACAGAAUGUCAUGUCCGUCUUAAUACUCCUGAGGAUGCGCAGACUGUAUUGAAAUCAUACAAAGAAAUACAGAUCAAAACAAACUGGAAAUUCGAAAUUCUCACUGGUGAUCAUGAACAACGUUACUGGCAGAAGAUUUUAGUGGACAGACAAGCUAAACUUAACCAGCCUCGAGAAAAGAAGCGGGGUACUGAGAAGUUGAUUGCUAAAGCUGAAAGAAUGAGACUUGAAAAGACUCAACAAACAAGUAAACAUAUUCGCUUCACUGAAGAUGACUAACCAAGACUAAUUGUGAUCUUGAAAGUGAACUAAGUAUUUAAAAAAAUCCAACGGAAAAAUCCCACAGACACCACUGCUUACAGCAACUAAACUGUUUCUAAGGAGGCAUCAAAGCCUGGUCCAUUUAAUUCAUAAUUCUGCAGACUGCAAGUAUGAAGAUUGUUCUGAAUGACAUUUUGAAAUAGGCUGAAUGUUUACUGCUUCUGAGCCUUUAGGUAAAGCUUUCUGGAGAAAAUGUAUUAAGAGAUCUUGGUUUAGUUCACUUCUGGUUUUGUUGUUUUGUUUUUGUUUUGGGGUUUUUUUUGGUAUGUUGAAGUUUUAUACACUAGGUUAUGAAAUAAAAUGCUUAAGAAAUUUUCAUUUGUGCAUCUCU